CUCCAAUAUCCGCUUGCGCAGCCAGCGGUCAUGGACCUUCACACACUCCUCCUCGCAUUGCUGUGGUUCAGCCAAAUUAACGCGGAUAUCCCCCGUACUCCGAUUCCGACCUCGAUGCUCAACGACUCGUGGCGCCACGACUUGCCCGAGGACACUACCGUCGACGUCUACGAGUCUCUCCCCGACGCCAUGGCGGCCGUGACGGCGUCUAUCAGCUUGAACGAAACCACGUGGCCCGACGGGCAGUUCGUGUCGGGAUCGAUCCUCGUACUACCCGGCGGCCUUGGCACACUCAACGAGACGGCGGCGCCUCGGACCCAAGUCUCAUACAACUAUUCGAUCAGCAAAACGGUUUGGAACCUGGAUGCCGAUUCGAACGCCAUCUCGCUCGUAAACUGCGUGUACGCUGCCAACGGCAGUGCCGUGGACUUGGUCGUGCAGAGCGUAGAGAACGUGACUCCAUACGGGCCGGGCCAGAUCCUUCUCGUGUCUUCGCGCUGGGGCUGCGUCAAUGCGCACGGGGUGCUCGCGGCGCAGGCGCAGCUGCACGUGCUCGAGAUGGUCGUGCUCGCAGACGAGCGCGUCCUGCGCCUUGUGGUCUCGCCCGCGGCGCUCAACGCAUCCUUCGCGACCAUGUCGAUGCACUACCGCUCCAACCAGUUCGACCUGAACGAGACGGCGACGGCGUCAGUUGCGGCGGGAACUAGCCGCCGCCUCGAUACGGUCACGCACACGUUCUUUUCUUACGUCCCCAACUACAAGUGCACGACCGGAUGUGGUGCAUACGAUCUAAGCGACAGCCAGUGCUUCCAGUACGUGUCGGACGAAUACCUAAUAUGGAGCUGUCCUGGCUCGCAGUAUUGGAUGUAUACGAAAUCUCUGACGACCAAGGCGUGCGGCCUUAUCCACAACUGCGCGCUGCCAUCUGGGCUCAAGUACAACCCCGUGCGAGAGUGCACGACCGUGUGCGGCGCGUACGGCUUGGCGGCGGACCAGUGCUUCCAAUUCGACUCGACGCGGAGGAUUUCGUCUGGAGACUGUCCUGGCUCUCUCUACUUUAUGUGCAACGUUGACAGCACGUGGAAGGAUUGUGGCUACAAGCGUGGCUGCAUCCCGAGCAUCGGGCGCACCAUGACGUACAACAUGGUCAACGGCGCCGUGGACAAGACGGACAUCGAGUUGUACCGCAGCGCGGGCUGCGGUACGGGCAACUUCCUCAACGCGCCGUCUGGCUCGGGCUGCGUCCGCGUGGGCUGCGCCAACUGCGCGUACACAUUUACGGUCAACGAGAUCCAAAUUUCGCUCGAUUACGACGUGUCCUUGUCAUCCGCGUGGGUCGCGGGCAGUGCCACGCUGUACGGUUCUGGAUUUGCCAGCGCCGGCUUCUCGCUCUACGCCCCGGACGGCGUGACGUGGAAGCGCACCGUCUCGCUCGUCGACAUAUCGCUGACAUACCCGGCGCUCAAUCUCCUCGGCUUCGACGUCGAAUUCACCCUCGAAUACGCGUUGGAGGAAACCUAUACCGCCACGAUGACGACGUCCGCCACGCCUUUUGUCAUGUCCAAGUCGGUCACGCUCUCCAAUCUCGUGGCCACCGCCGCGUACGACUCGAGGUCGGGCAAGUCGCAGCAGACUAGUGUGGACGUGGCCACGACGACCCAAGCGCCGCAACGCGGAGAAUAUGUCGCCUUCAACUUUAUAUACGACCAACGCACGACGGUAGGCCUCUACGCGAGCGCUGCUGGAUUGACGCUGGGUGUGGACGUGGCGUGGAGCGACUUUGUGCAGCUGUUCUGCAAGGGCGGCGUACUCCCCGCCCUCGCGUCCACGGCGGUAGUCCCGUCCACGCCGGAAAGUCUCACGUUUGGCAACUGCGCCGUGCCGCAUCUCUUGGAGCUUGCCAUCUUUUCUGGUCGCCGCGAUGUCGUCGUGACAGGAUAUUUUAGCUUCGAAUAUAGCCCGCUCGACUUCGACUACAACUGGCCAGUGUCGAUCCCGUCAUUGAGUACCAACGUGUCGCGCUUCAGCUUCUGCUACGCACCACCGUACACAUUGACGCUCACCAUCACACUGAACCCUUCCGACGCCAACACCUUGUCGUUAUCGACCACGUUGCAGGCGCAACUCUUGGCUGCCAUGGGUCAAGCACUUGGUCUCCCUGCCUUUACGGCCAACCUCUUCGCGCUUAAAAGCAUCAGCACGACGACGGGCGCAGUGGCGCUCACGGUGAUGACGCCAGUUGCCGUGUCCGACGUGUACCCGUCGUUCUCGGCAUUGGCCACGUACAUCAACGCGAGGGCGGAGACCGACGAGUACAAGCACGCGGUUAACAAAGCGCUCAACCUUGGCUGCUCUCCCGGCUACUGGGGCAGUGUGUGUCAAUUCCGGUGUUCCCCACCUCUGCAGUGUGCACCGGACUCUGUCUGCACCUGCGACCAGAGCAGUGGCGUGGUCCGCACUUGUCGAUCGUGCGUUGAUGGUCAAUGGGGCAACGUUUGUCAGUAUACGUGCACCGGCUACAGCAACUGCGACCCGACCAGUCUGAUCACGUGCGAUAGUUCAAGUGGCGCCAUCACAUGCGCGAAGUGCAACCCCGGCUACUGCGGCAGUGACUGCCAGUACUCGUGCACCGCUCCAAGCACUUGCGCCGGGGGUUCUAGAGAUGCUGUCACUUGCAGCCAGUCCACCUGCGCCGCCGUGUCUUGCCAGCAAUGUAAUACCGGCUACUACGGCAACCAGUGCCAGUACGCGUGCACACCGCCUGCAGCGUGCGUUUCCAGUGGGCGUACCGCUUGCGCGCAGAGCAGCGGCGUCGCAUCAACGUGCAGUGCGUGCAAGACCGGCUACUGGGGAAGUAUUUGCCAGUCACCGUGCACGGUGCCGGCGACUUGUGACAGCAGCAGUAACGUCACUUGCACCCAGUCCACCGGGGCCGCGGUCACUUGCGGACAAUGUAACCCAGGCUACUACGGCAGCGCUUGCCAGUACUCAUGCACCGCGCCUGCAGAGUGCUCUUCCAGCGGUCAAAUCACGUGCGCUCAGAGCAACGGCGUUGCAUCGACGUGCAGUGCGUGCAAGACCGGCUACUGGGGAAGCGCGUGCCAGUCGUCUUGCAUCGCGCCGGCAACUUGCACUUCUGGUGACACGGUCACGUGCGACCAGUCCACCGGCGCCGCGGUCGCUUGUGGCGAGUGCAGUCCAGGCUACUACGGCAGCGCUUGCCAGUGGUCUUGCGUCGCGCCGGCGACCUGCUCUUUUGGUGACACGGUCACGUGCCACCAGUCCACCGGCGCCGCGGUUGCUUGUGGCGAGUGCAGUCCAGGCUACUACGGCAGCGCUUGCCAGUACUCGUGCUCACGGCCUACAACAUGCACAUCGAACGGUACGCUGUCUUGCGACCAGUACAGUGGCACCGUCGCCAUGCGCUACCACGAGCACUGUGACGUGCGACGGAGGCGACGGCUCCCUCGUCGCAUGCUCUUCCUGCGCCACUGGCUUUUGGGGAUCUCGGUGCCAAAACGCCUGCACGCCUCCCUCGACGUGCGAUUCAAACGCUGA